GGAGUCUCCCCAAGUGCCAAGAGGACAUCCGAAAAAUUCCGAGCCCCUGAGUAGUUGUGCUUGCAAAUCUGGCGGCGUAGCGGCCUUCUGGCCUUUAUUCCGCUCAAAAAUCCCCCGUAACGACAGAGAAACAACAUGGCAAGAGUAGAGGAAGCCCACAGAAUCACGGACCUUACUUAUAAGGGUCUAGUGGAAAACUUUGCCCCCGCAGUUCGCAAUCUGAUCUCCAUGGGCAAGGCCUACGAGAAGUCACUUGCAGCUGUUUCGUCCACAGCAAGAGGCUAUUUUGAGGCGUUGAUGAAGUUGGGAGAGCAAGCCAAUGCAACAAGAGGAGCCCCUGAACUUGGAGGAUGCCUGAUCCAGAUAGCGGAGAUUUUCCGUAACAUCCAGAUGCAGCAUGAGGAGACGGUCCAGUCCUUCCACAAGGAGCUUAUUGUGCCGCUGGAACAGAAGGUGGAACAGGACAGCAGGAGUCUGCCGAUCCUGCAUAAAACUUACACCCAAGAAUACAGAGCAAAAUCAGAGACCUUUGAGAAAGCCAAGAGUGAUCUGAAGAAGCACAGGAAGAAAAGUAACAGGAAGGAUCCUCACAAGUACGAAGCCAAGGAGUCACAGUUGAUCAGAGCAGCCACAGAGACACAGAGUAAGCUGGAUGACUGCAGAGCACACGGACUGACUAAAGCCCUGGUAGAAGAGAGGAAACGUUACUGCUUUGUUGUCGACCGCCACUGCGCAAUUGUGAAACACUACAUGGUAUACCACAGUAAGGCUCAGAACCUCUUGAGGCAGAAGCUGGACAGUUGGGUGGAGGCAUGUGACAACCCCAACAUCCUCACCAAACGGGCCCAGGACCUGUUAGACAGAGCCCUGCAGGGCCCAUCGGCAGACAUGAUGACGAUGACACGCCGCGGCAGUCAGGGGAUGCUGGACAGCGACUUCGCCGACAUGAACGGUGGGCGGGGAGACCCGUACCUGCGGGAUGACCGGUACCGCGGGGAAGGCUACAGCAGGGAUGGCUUUGCUACCAUGCCGGAGAGACGCCAGGGCAGUCCGCUACGCCGGCCUAUCAGCCCUGUCUCACAACAUGCACCACUUCAGGAGUUGUUCCGAGAUGCCCCUCCUCCUGUACCGGCCCAGCACGAUGUUUCCAUAUAUGGCACAAUGCGACGACCUGCCCCUCAAGGUCGACCCACCCCACAAGGUCGUCCUGCCCCACAAGGUCGACCUAUGACCCCACAGGGUCGAACCAUGUCUUCCAGUUCGUGGGUGGGACCGAAGCUGGACUAUUACCAAGCACCCAGACAACAACAGCAAACGACCAUAUAUGGUACCAUGCGGGGGCCUCCCCGUAGGCCCUCGACCUUCCAGGAUGACCGCUACCAUUCGCCGCCGCCGAACGCCAUGUCCGUACGUGAGCCACGGCGAGACUUCCAUGAGCCCCUGAUGGUGGACACGUACUCCAACACGUUGCCCAACCCCCGCCGCGGGCAGAACCAACGCCAGCCGCGCCCGUCCCAGUCGGCGUCCGUGUUUGACCCGCCGCAGCAGCAGGCCGGGCAGAUGACGCGCUCGGUGUCAGCUGUCCCAGCAAGCAGGAGGAAAGUGCGUGCCUUAUUCCCACACAAGGCUGGUGACAGCAGCAACCAGCUGUCUUUCAAUGAGGGAGACACCAUUUCUUUGCUGAUAGACCACCCAAGAGAUGGCUGGCACUUUGGAGAGAAUGACAAGACUAAAAGGAGAGGAUGGUUCCCAUACUCCUACACCCAGCCUGCUGGCAGUGAUGGACCUCCACCUGUGCAGGCAGCCCAGCCCAUGCCUGCCCCCCUGCGCCCCAGUGUCAGUAUGGGGAACCUCCUGAACAACUCUGCGUACCGCGAGCCUGCGCGUCUCCCCUCGCCGGACUACCAGGACACGCCGGGCGUCGCGCUGUCGCCGCUGCGCCGCGAGGCCAGGCCACGCAGCGUCGCGGGAGACUCGCUUCUCACGGUAGCCGAACAGAGCGAUGAUUUCAGACAUCCCAACGGAGAUUACCAGCAGCCGCAGGGCGUUGACCCCUACCGCCAGCCGCCGCCCCGCUCGGACUACCAGCAACCGCAGCCCGGCGACUACCGCCAGCCCCCGGCGCGCUCCGACUACCAACAGCCAAUCAGACAGCCCCCUCCGCCGCAGGAGUACCGCGAUCGGAGCGAUGGGUACAGGGAACCAGCAGAUGCAAGGUACAUUCCUCGCCAGUCGGAGUCAAGCUACCGACAGAGCGUGUCGUCGGAGUACAGCCAGCCUGCGGACCACCGGGCGCGAGGGGUCAGCUACGGCGGGGAGCCGGACUACCGCUCAGGUCAGGCCGAGUAUGCACAGCCGGUCAAUGGCAGCAGUAGUGUGUCAAAUGACCGGCAGAACGGGUUCAGGGAAGGGGGGCACCCCCCUCCCUCCACCCUGCCUGCCCCCCAGGAGGACAACCCCGCGAGGAACCCAUUUGCAAAUGUGAAGUUGAAAAAGACAGUUACAAACGACAGAUCUGCACCCAUAAUCUGAGAGUGAGAGAUGGAGAGAGAAACAAGCAGAAUGAGUGAUGGAGUGAGAUACAAUAGAAGAAAGGGAUGGAGAGAGACAGCCUAAGGGGGAAAGCAACUUCUGAUUAUCAGAGAUUGGUGUAGUUAUGCUGAUGGUACACAGUUUUAGAUAUUAGUUCAUAUCAGUCCUUGCGUUUAAAGAAGUAAUGAAUAUCCAUGACAAUGCCAAUGGUAUAAAGGUGUUGAUGAUAUUCAUAAUAUCUGUAAAAUUGUAUAAUAAUUAUUAGUCAGACUUUGUUAAUCCUUUGCAGGGACUGGUAGCCAUAAACAGUGUUUAUUCAGGACAAUUUUGGUUUCUUCAUUCAUACACAGAUAUUUCUUUAUGCAAACUUAUAGGUUAACAAGAUUUAUGAUUUAUGUCAAUAUGAUUUUUGUUUAAUUCAUAUUUGAGAAGUUUGACACUUUAACAUGUAGGUAAUCUGAAUGGAUCAAUGUUUUGGGCCCUGCCAUUUAAAAAAUAGGGAUGAGAAAACCAAAGCAACAAAAUGCACCCAAUAAGUUUGAAACCGUUCCAAAGGAAAUACUUUGUGUAAAAAUUUGUUUGCUGUUGGAAGAUUACCUACUUUGCACUAUUGCACAGUAUGCUAUGAUUUUGGCCCUCUCUUGUCUGAUUUACAGUGGAUAUGACCUUGUGCCGCCUUAUGUUAAGGCUUGUGUUGGUAAAAAGUAUCGGAUUUACUGGAAAAGUAAAAUGAAGGUGGAAGGUCAAAGUUUGAAGGUGGCGUCAUGCGGUGGAUUUCUGGUACCUGACCCAAAGUCUUUUACUUGUCUUGGUGAGUACAAAACUGGAGUAGAGAUAAAAAGAAA